ACUUUACUUACUUAUGAUUUAACCUUUUAAUAGACCUUAAGGUGUUAUUAUCAUUAUUUCAUUUUAUAAAUGAACAAAUUAAUGUCAAGGUCAUGCCUUGGUAAAGCCAAGAUUUCAUCUCAAACUGAUGUCAGAGCUCUGAUAUUUCAGCAAAUACGCUGUGAUAUCUCUCAUCAACAUAUUAUAAGAUAUCAUAUCAACAAGGCAUCACAAACAUAUAAUAUUUCAUUCAACAUAAAUGCUAAAUCAUUCACUACCAGAGACAGCGGCAACAAAGAGAUUGCUGAAUUCCAUUAUGAAAUAGAUGCAGAAACUGAGCCAAGGAUUGGAAGUGACUCAAAUUCAGGUGGUUAUAAAAUUAUAGAGGUGUGUUAUCCAGGGCUUCUGACUCUGAGCUGGAAUCUUUUUAUUAAGGCCCCACCUUUUAUGCAGUCUUGCUUUGGAAUAACCGCCUCUAAGUAGCCAUUCGUGUUUCACAGUAGAUAUAUGCCAGCUACCAUUCAAAGCCAGGUGGAUCUCACCUGUUGAAACAGAGGGAAAAGACACCCAUUCAUUACCAGGAUUUCAGCACAAACUUUACAUCUUCAGAGAAGUUUUCCCUGGCCUCUCCAAGGUCAAACUCUCCUUUAUAGCACUUAGCAUGGCCAGUCGUAGUUAUAUGGUUUUUUUUUCUUUGUUAUAUGGUUUUUAAUUUUCAGCUUAAUAUGAGGGUAUAAAUGUUAGGUUACAUUUCUACGGUAAAGUUUAGGUUGUAGUGAAGCCCUUCACCCGGGGAUUUAUAUAUUACGUUUUGUAUGUGAAUAUCUACUUCAUUGGUUACCUGUAAGUUCUCUGAGAAGAGGACCCACGUUCAUUUUCGGUCCUCCUUAUAUUCCCGGUGCCUGCACAGAUCCUGGCACAGCAUGGGUGCUCAAAAAAUGUUAAAUCAAUGAACAAAUGGAUUUAUGAAUAAAUAAAUAAAUGCAUGAAAAGGCACCAGGACAGAUCAUCUCUGUGGGAAGCAUAGGGUAGAUGUAAUCCCCUGUACAGUGUGGGAUUGCCCCGCGGGAGCCCUCAAAGGUCUGCAUGCUCACACACCCCGAUCAGAAAUUCCCAUCAGGAAAGUCACACAAACAUUGACUUAGGGAGGGCCUUGGAGCGCUGAAGGGGAGAAAAAGAAGCACAAAAGGUGAGCAAGCAGUUUUCAAAGGAUGCUUUCAACUCCCAGGCCAGUCCGUGUGUGUGUUUUCCUCUACAAAGUGUUUCCAAUUACUGUGGCACUCUCGGUAUCUGCAUCCAUCUCCAGUGAAUUCCUCUGCGGCUCCUGCCAGACAUAUGGGAUCAAUCAGGGCUUCGGCGCUGGUGCGCUUGCUGCGGGAAUGUUGACAGCCUGACAGACGCGGGGUUCUGGUGUCAUGGAAUCUCCAAAUCGUUGGCUUGAACCCGGGAGGAGAAGGAGAGGGGGAGGAGAGAGAUAGAGGCAAAGAUAGAGAAAGGAGAGGGGAGAGGGAGAGGCGGGAGAGAGGGAGCCAAGGAGGGAAGCGGGAGAUUUUUUCUUGACUGCCCCCUUUCCUUCAAACAUUUUAUAGGCUUCAGGGAGAGAGGAGGAGGAGGAGAGAGGGAAGAAAAAACAGGAGAGGUAGAGAGCGCGCGCCGGUGGCUCCCCAGCGCCUGGGCCACCAGAGGAGUCUGGGUUGUGUCCCGGGUGUCAGUGAAAGGGCGCUGAGCUCGCCCGCCCCGCCGCCCGCCGCCCGCUCCGCGCGCGCUCUCCGCCAGCCCGGCCGCCGCGCCUGUCCCCGCCCGGGCCGCCGCCUGCGCUCUGGGGCGGCCGCUCCGUCGCCGGCGCAAUGUGGCCGCGCCUGGCCUUUUGUUGCUGGGGUCUGGCGCUCGUUUCGGGCUGGGCGACCUUUCAGCAGAUGUCCCCGUCGCGCAAUUUCAGCUUCCGCUUCUUUCCCGAGGCGGCGCCCAGGGCCCCGGGGCGGCUGCCCGCGCUGGCCGAGCCGCUGGAGCCGGGCGAGGACGCGCCGGAGAGCAAAGUGGAGCGGCUGGGGCAGGCGUUCCGGCGCCGUGUGCGGCGGCUGCGGGAGCUCAGUGAGCGCCUGGAGCUCGUCUUCCUGGUGGACGAGUCGUCCAGCGUGGGCCAAGCCAACUUCCUCAGCGAGCUCAAGUUCGUCCGCAAGCUGCUGUCCGACUUCCCCGUGGUGCCCACCGCCACGCGCGUGGCCAUCGUGACCUUCUCGUCCAAGAACAACGUGGUGCCGCGCGUCGAUUACAUCUCCUCCCGCCGCGCGCACCAGCACAAGUGCGCGCUGCUCAGCCGGGAGAUCCCGGCCAUCGCCUACCGCGGCGGCGGCACCUACACCAAGGGCGCCUUCCAGCAGGCAGCGCAAAUUCUUCGCCAUUCUAGAGAAAACUCAACAAAAGUGAUAUUUCUCAUUACUGAUGGAUAUUCCAACGGUGGAGACCCCAGACCCAUUGCAGCGUCACUACGAGAUUUUGGAGUGGAGAUCUUCACUUUUGGCAUAUGGCAAGGGAACAUUCGAGAACUGAAUGACAUGGCUUCCACCCCAAAGGAGGAGCACUGCUACCUGCUCCAUAGUUUUGAAGAAUUUGAGGCGUUAGCUCGCCGGGCAUUACAUGAAGAUCUACCUUCUGGGAGUUUUAUUCAAGAGGAUAUGUCUCACUGCUCCUAUCUUUGUGAAGCCGGCAGAGAUUGCUGUGACCGAAUGGCAAGUUGCAAAUGUGGGACACACACAGGCCAGUUUGAGUGCAUCUGUGAGAAGGGGUACUACGGAAAAGGUCUGCAAUAUGAAUGCACAGCUUGCCCAUCAGGGACAUACAAGCCUGAAGGUGCCCCAGGAGGAAUCAGCACCUGCAUUCCAUGUCCUGAUGAAAAUCACACCUCUCCACCUGGAAGCACGUCCCCUGAAGACUGUGUCUGUAGGGAGGGAUACCGGGCAUCUGGCCAGACCUGUGAAGUUGUCCACUGUCCCGCCCUGAAGCCUCCUGAAAAUGGGUAUUUUAUCCAAAACACUUGCAACAACCACUUCAAUGCAGCCUGUGGGGUCCGAUGUCACCCUGGAUUUGACCUCGUGGGAAGCAGCAUCCUCUUGUGUCUACCCAGUGGUUUGUGGUCUGGUUCAGAGAGCUCCUGCAGAGUGAAAACAUGCUCCCAUCUCCGCCAGCCCAAACAUGGUCACAUCAGCUGUUCUACAAGGGAAAUGUCUUACAGAACAACAUGUUUGGUUACCUGUGAGGAAGGGUACAGACUAGAAGGAAGUACUAAGCUUACCUGCCAAGUAAACGCCCAGUGGGAUGGUCCAGAACCCCGUUGUGUUGAGCGCCACUGCUCUACCUUUCAGAAGCCGAAAGGUGUCAUCAUAUCUCCCCCCAACUGUGGCAAGCAGCCAUCCAAACCUGGGACAAUUUGUCAGCUAAGUUGUCGCCAAGGAUUCAUUUUAUCUGGAGUCAAAGAAGAAGUGAGAUGCUCAACUUCUGGAAAAUGGAGUGCCAAAGUUCAGGCAGCAGUGUGUAAAGAUGUGGAGGCUCCUCAAAUCACCUGCCCCAAGGACAUAGAGGCUAAGACUCAGGAACAGCAAGAUUCUGCUAAUAUUACUUGGCAAAUCCCAACAGCUAAAGACAACUCUGGAGAAAAGGUGUCCAUCCACGCUGAUCCAGCUUUCGCCCCACCUUACCUUUUCCCAAUUGGAGAUGUUGUUAUCACAUACACAGCAACUGACCCCUCCGGCAACCAAGCCAGCUGUACUUUCCAUAUCAAGGUUAUUGAUGUUGAGCCCCCUGUCAUAGACUGGUGCAGGUCUCCAGCUCCCAUCCAGGUGUCUGAAAAGGAGCAUGCCGCAAGCUGGGAUGAACCCCAGUUCUCGGACAACUCAGGGGCUGUGCUGGACAUCACCAGAAGUCAUACCCAAGGAGACCUUUUCCCUCAUGGGGAGACUAUAGUGCGGUAUACAGCCACUGACCCCUCAGGCAAUAAUAGGACAUGUGACAUCCACAUUGUCAUAAAAGGUUCUCCCUGUGAAGUGCCAUUCACACCUAUAAAUGGGGAUUUUAUAUGUGCUCAAGAUAGUGCUGGAGUCAACUGCACUUUAACUUGCUUAGAGGGCUAUGAUUUCACCGAAGGGUCUACGGAGAAAUACUAUUGUGCUUAUGAGGAUGGUAUCUGGAGACCACCAUAUUCCACUGAGUGGCCAGACUGUGCCAUAAAACGCUUUGCAAACCAUGGGUUUAAGUCCUUUGAGAUGCAAUACAAAGCAACUCGUUGCGAUGACACAGAUCUUUUGAAGAAGUUUUCUGAAGCCUUUGAGACCACCCUGGGGAAGAUGGUCCCAUCAUUUUGUAGCGACGCAGAUGACGUUGACUGCAGACUGGAGGACUUGACCAAAAAAUAUUGCCUAGAAUAUAAUUACGACUAUGAAAAUGGCUUUGCCAUUGGACCAGGUGGUUGGGGUGCAGCUAAUAGGCUAGAUUACUCCUAUGAUGACUUCUUGGAUGCCGUGCAAGAAACACCCACAAGCAUCCGCAAAGCCAGAUCUUCACGGAUUAAAAGAAGCGCCCCAUUAUCUGACCACAAAAUUAAGUUAAUUUUUAACAUCACAGCUAGUGUGCCAUUACCUGAUGAAAGAAACGAUACCCUUGAAUUGGAAAAUCAGCAACGACUCAUUAAGACAUUGGAAACUAUUACAAAUCGACUGAAAAGGACCCUCAAUAAAGAGCCCAUGUAUUCCUUUCAGCUUGCAUCUGAAAUGCUGGUAGCUGACACCAAUUCACUAGAAACAGAAAAAGCUUUCCUCUUCUGCAGGCCCGGCUCAGUGCUGAGAGGACGCAUGUGUGUCAAUUGCCCUUUAGGAACCUAUUUUUCUCUGGAACAUUCUGUCUGUGAAAGCUGCCGGAUGGGAUCCUACCAAGAUGAAGAAGGGCAACUUGAGUGCAAGCUUUGUCCCUCCGGGACUCACACCCAAUAUCUCCAUUCAAGAAGCCUCUCCGAAUGUAAAGCUCAGUGUAAACAAGGCACCUAUUCCUCCAACGGGCUUGAGACCUGCGAAUCAUGUCCACUGGGCACUUACCAGCCAGAAUUUGGUUCCAGGAGCUGCCUCUUAUGUCCAGAAAACACCUCGACUGUGAAAAGAGGAGCUGUGGACAUUUCUGCUUGUGGAGUACCUUGUCCGGUGGGAGAAUUCUCACGUUCUGGGUUAAUGCCCUGUUAUCCAUGUCCUCAAGACUACUACCAGCCUAAUCCAGGGAAGUCUUUCUGCCUGUCUUGUCCCUUUUAUGGAACUACCACAAUCACUGGUGCCAGAUCCAUCACAGAUUGUUCAAGUUUUAGCUCAACUUUCUCAGCAGCAGAGGAAAGUGUAGUGCCCCUGGCCUCUCUUGGGCAUAUUGAAAAGAAGUAUGAAGUCAGCAGUCAGGUUUUCCAUGAAUGCUUCUUAAACCCUUGCCACAAUAGUGGCACCUGCCAACAACUUGGGCGUGGCUAUGUUUGUCUCUGUCCACCUGGAUAUGCAGGCUUGAAGUGUGAGACAGACGUGGAUGAGUGCAGCUCCCGGCCCUGCCUCCAUGGCGGCAUCUGUAAAGACCGAGUUGGGGAAUUCUUCUGUGAGUGCCCAUCGGGUUACACAGGUCGACUGUGUGAAGAAAAUAUAAAUGAGUGUAGCUCUAGUCCUUGUUUAAAUAAAGGCAGCUGUGUCGAUGGCGUGGCCGGCUACCACUGCACGUGUGUGAAAGGCUAUACAGGCCUGCACUGUGAGACAGAAGUUAAUGAGUGCCAGUCAAGCCCAUGCUUACACAAUGCAGUCUGCGAAGACCAAGUUGGGGGAUUCCUGUGCAAAUGCCCAGCUGGAUUUUUGGGUACCCUGUGCGAAAAAAACAUUGAUGAGUGUCUCAGCCAGCCAUGCAAAAAUGGAGCUACUUGUAAAGAUGGUGCCAAUAGCUUCAGGUGCCAGUGUGCAGCAGGCUUCACAGGGUCACACUGUGAAUUGAACAUCAAUGAGUGUCAGUCUAACCCAUGUAGAAAUCAGGCCACCUGUGUAGAUGAAUUCAACUCAUACACUUGUAAAUGUCGGCCAGGAUUUUCAGGCAGCAGGUGUGAAACAGAACAGUCUACGGGUUUUAACCUGGAUUUUGAAGUUUCUGGAAUCUAUGGUUACGUCAUGCUAGAUGGUGUGCUUCCAUCUCUCCAAGCCGUGACCUGUGCAUUCUGGAUGAAGUCCUCUGACACCACCAACUAUGGAACACCAAUCUCCUAUGCACUGGAGAAUGGCAGUGAUAAUACCCUCCUCCUGACUGAUUACAAUGGCUGGGUUCUUUAUGUGAAUGGCAAGGAAAAGAUAACAGACUGUCCUGCAGUGAAUGACGGCAGUUGGCAUCAUAUUGCAAUCACUUGGACGAGUUCCAAUGGAGCCUGGAAAGUCUACAUUGAUGGGAAAUUAUCUGACGGUGGUGCUGGCCUCUCUGUUGGCUCCGCCAUCCCUGGUGGUGGUGCAUUAGUUCUGGGGCAAGAGCAAGACAAAAAAGGAGAGGGAUUCAACCCAGCUGAGUCUUUUGUGGGCUCCAUAAGCCAGCUCAACCUCUGGGACUAUGUCCUGUCUCCACAGCAGGUGAAAUCACUGGCCACCUCCUGCCCAGAGGAGCUCGGUAGAGGAAAUGUGUUGGCCUGGCCUGAUUUCUUGUCAGGAAUUGUGGGAAAAGUGAAGAUUGAUUCCAAGAGCAUAUUCUGUUCUGAUUGCCCACCUUUGGAAGGAUCAGUACCUCACUUGAGAACUGCAUCAGCAGAUUUGAAGCCAGGCUCCAAAGUCAGGCUGUUCUGUGAUCCAGGCUUCCAGAUAGUUGGGAACCCUGUGCAGUCCUGUCUGAAUCAAGGACAGUGGACCCAGCCGCUCCCACAGUGUGAACGCAUCAGCUGUGGGGUGCCACCUGCUUUGGAGAAUGGCUUUUAUUCAGCUGAGGACUUCCACGCUGGCAGCACAGUGACCUACCAGUGCAAUAAUGGCUACUAUCUGUUGGGUGAUUCCAGGAUGUUCUGUACAGAUAACGGGAGUUGGAAUGGCAUCUCACCAGCAUGCCUUGAUGUCGACGAGUGUGCAGUUGGAUCAGACUGCAGCGAGCACGCGUCGUGCCUGAACACAAAUGGAUCCUACAUAUGCUCGUGUGUCCCGCCAUACACAGGGGACGGGAAAAACUGUGCAGAACCUAUAAAAUGUAAGGCUCCAGGAAAUCCAGAAAAUGGCCACUCUUUCGGCGAGAUUUAUACAGUAGGUGCCGAGGUCACAUUUUCAUGUGAGAAAGGAUACCAAUUGAUGGGAGUAACUAAAAUUACAUGUUUGGAGUCUGGAGAAUGGAAUCAUCUAAUUCCAUACUGUGAAGCUAUUUCCUGUGGUGCACCAGCUAUCCCAGAAAAUGGUGGCAUUGAGGGGUCAGCAUUCACCUAUGGCAGUAAAGUGCUAUAUAGAUGUAAUAAAGGAUACACUCUGGCUGGUGAUAAAGAAUCCUCCUGUCUUGCUGACGGUUCUUGGAGUCAUUUUCCUCCUGUGUGUGAACUGGUGAAGUGUUCUAACCCAGAAGACAUAAAUAAUGGGAAUUAUAUUUUGAGCGGGCUCACCUACCUUUCUACUGCUUCAUAUUCAUGUGAGAGCGGAUUCAGCUUACAGGGCCCGUCCAUCAUUGAAUGCAUGGCUUCUGGCAGCUGGGAUAGAGCGCCACCUACCUGUCACCUGGUCACCUGUGGAGAGCCGCCUGCCGUCAAAGAUGCUGUCAUCACCGGGAGUAACUUCACUUUUGGGCACACUGUCUCUUACACUUGCAAAGAAGGCUAUACCCUUGCUGGCCCUGACACCAUUGAAUGCUUGACCAACGGCAAGUGGAGCGGAAGUAACCUGCAGUGUCUGGCUGUCUCCUGUGAUGAGCCCCCCAACGUGGACCACGCCUCUCCAGAAACUGCCCAUCGGCUCUUUGGAGACAUUGCAUUCUACUACUGCUCGGAUGGUUACAGCCUAGCAGACAAUUCCCAGCUCCUCUGCAAUGCACAGGGCAAGUGGGUCCCUCCAGAGGGUCAGGAUGUACCCCGUUGUAUAGCUCAUUUCUGUGAAACCCCCCCAUCUGUUUCCUAUAGCAUCUUGGAAUCCGUGAGCAAAGCAAAAUUUGCAGCUGGCUCAGUUGUGAGCUUCAAAUGCAUGGAAGGUUUUGUACUGAACACCUCAGCAAAGAUCGAAUGUAUGAGAGGCGGGCAGUGGAACCCUUCCCCCAUGUCCAUCCAGUGCGUCCCGGUGCGGUGCGGAGAGCCACCGAGCAUCACGAAUGGCUAUGCAAGCGGGUCCAACUACAGCUUUGGAGCCAUGGUGGCUUACAGCUGCAACAAGGGGUUCUAUAUUAAAGGGGAGAAGAAGAGCACCUGUGAGGCCACCGGGCAGUGGAGCAGCCCCAUGCCCACCUGCAACCCUGUAUUUUGCAACGAACCUCCUAAGGUUGAGAAUGGCUUUCUGGAGCAUACAACUGGCAGGAUCUUCGAGAGUGAAGCGAGCUUUCAGUGUAACCCAGGCUAUAAGCUAGUCGGAAGUCCCGUGUUUGUCUGCCAAGCAAAUCGCCACUGGCACAGUGACUCCCCCCUGUCAUGCGUCCCUCUCAACUGUGGGAAACCUCCCCCCAUCCAGAAUGGCUUCAUAAAAGGCGAAAAUUUUGAAGUAGGUUCCAAGGUGCAGUUUUUCUGCAAUGAGGGCUAUGAGCUUAUUGGUGAUAGUUCUUGGACAUGCCAGAAAUCUGGCAAAUGGAAUAAGAAGCCAAACCAAAAGUGUGUCCCAGCCAAGUGCCCAGAGCCACCCCUCGUGGAGAACCAGCUGGUAAUGAAGGAGCUGAUGACCGAGGUGGGCGUGGUGACAUUCUCCUGUAAGGAAGGACAGGCUCUGCAAGGCCCCUCUAUCUUGAAAUGCCUGCCAUCCCAGCGGUGGAACGACUCUUUCCCUGUCUGUAAGAUGGUUCUUUGCCUACCACCACCCCUAAUUUCCUUCGGUGUCCCUGCCCCUUCUUCUGCUCUUCAUUUUGGAAGUACUGUUAAGUACUCCUGUGUAGAUGGAUUUUUCCUAAGGGGAGAUCCCACCACCCUCUGCCAAGCUGAUGGCACUUGGAGCUCUCCACUGCCUGAAUGUGUUCCAGUAGAAUGUCCCCACCCCGAGGAAAUCCUCAAUGGCAUCAUAGACGUGCAGGGUCUUGCCUAUCUCAGCACAGCUCUCUAUACCUGCAAGCCAGGCUUUGAGUUGGUGGGAAAUGCCAGCACCACCCUUUGUGGAGAAAAUGGUCAGUGGCUUGGAGGAAAACCAACAUGUAAGCCCAUCGAGUGCCCCAAGCCUAAGGAGAUUUUGAAUGGCAAAUUCUCUUACACAAACCUACAUUAUGGACAGAGCAUUACAUACUCUUGCGACCGGGGCUUCCGGCUUGAAGGUCCCAAAGCCUUGACCUGUUUAGAGACAGGUGACUGGGAUGUGGAUGCCCCGUCUUGCAAUGCCAUCCACUGUCAUCCCCCACAACCCAUUGAAAAUGGUUUUGUAGAAGGUGCAGAUUACAGCUACGGUGCCAUGAUCAUCUACAGCUGCUUCCCUGGGUUCCAGGUGGCUGGUCUCGCCAUGCAGACCUGUGAAGAGGCAGGAUGGUCAAGCUCCAUCCCAACCUGUGUACCUAUAGACUGUGGCCUCCCUCCUCACAUAGAUUUUGGAGACUGUACUAAAGUCAAGGAUGGCCAAGGAUAUUUUGAGCAAGAAGAUGAUGUGAUGGAAGUUCCGUAUCUGACUCCUCACCCUCCUCAUCACGUGGGAACAGUGGCUAAAACCCGGGAAAAUACAAAGGAAUCUCCUACACCUUUGUCAAACUUUCUAUAUGGCACCAUGGUCUUAUAUACCUGUAAUCCAGGAUAUGAACUUUUGGGGAACCCUGUGCUGAUCUGCCAGGAAGAUGGGACUUGGAAUGGCAGUGCACCCUCCUGCAUUUCCAUUGAAUGUGACUUUCCUAUUGCUCCUGAAAAUGGAUUUCUGCGUUUUACAGAGACUAGCAUGGGAAGUGCCGUGCAGUAUGGCUGCAAACCGGGUCAUGUUCUCGUGGGCUCCGACAUGAGACUUUGUCUACAGAACAGAAAGUGGAGUGGUUCUUCCCCACACUGUGAAGCCAUUUCAUGCAAAAAGCCAAACCCAGUCAUGAAUGGAUCCAUCAAAGGAAGCCUCUACACGUACUUGAGCGUGUUGUACUACGAGUGUGACCCCGGGUAUGUGCUGAAUGGCACAGAGAGGAGAACAUGCCAAGAAGAUAAACAUUGGGAUGGCAAUGAGCCUGUUUGCAUUCCCGUAGACUGUGGUCCACCCUCGGUUUUGGCCAAUGGCCAGGUGAAAGGAAAUGACUACACAUUCCAGAAAGAGAUUGAAUACACUUGCAAGGAAGGGUUCUUGCUUGAAGGAGCCAGGAGUCGUGUCUGUCUUGCCAAUGGAAGCUGGAGUGGAGCUACUCCUGACUGUGUACCCAUCAGAUGUACCACCCCACCACAAGUGGCAAAUGGAGUGAUGGAUGGCCUGGACUAUGGCUUCAUGAAGGAAGUGGUAUUCCACUGUCAGGAGGGCUAUGUGUUGCAUGGCGCUCCAAAACUCACCUGCCAGUCAGAUGGCCACUGGGAUGCAGAGGUUCCUGUUUGUAAACCAGUCAGCUGUGGACCUCCUGAAGAUCUUGCUCAUGGCUUCCCUCAUGGUUUUUCCUUUUAUCAUGGGGGGCAUAUACAGUAUCAGUGCUUUCCAGGGUAUAAGCUCCAUGGAAGUUCUUCAAGAAGGUGUCUCUCCAAUGGCUCCUGGAGUGGCAGCCCGCCAUCCUGCCUGCCUUGCAGGUGUUCCACGCCAGCCAUUCAACAUGGAACCGUCAAUGGGACAGAUUUCAGCUGUGGAAAGAUAGCCCGGAUUCAGUGCUUCAAAGGCUUCACACUCCUGGGAUCGUCUGAAAUCACCUGUGAAGCCAAUGGCCAGUGGAGCUCCGGCUUCCCACGCUGUGAACAUGCUGCUUGUGGUUCUCUCCCAGCCAUUCCAAAUGCACUCAUUGGUGAGAGCAGCUCCUUGAAGGAAAAUGUGAUAACUUACAGUUGCAAGUCUGGGUAUGUCCUACAAGGCAGUUCAGAUUUGAUUUGUACAGAAAAGGGGACAUGGAGCCAACCUUAUCCGGUCUGUGAGCCCCUGUCCUGUGGACCCCCACCAACUGUCACUAAUGCCGUGGCAACUGGAGAGACACACACCUAUGAAAGUAAAGUGAAGCUCAGAUGUCUGGAAGGUUAUAUGAUGGAUACAGAUACAGAUACAUUCACCUGUCAGAAAGAUGGUCAUUGGUUCCCAGAGAGAAUCUCCUGCAGUCCAAAAACAUGUCCGUUUCCAGAAAACAUAACACAUAUACGUGUUCAUGGGGACGAUUUCAGUGUGAAUAAGCAGGUGUCAGUGUCAUGUGUGGAAGGGUAUACCUACGAGGGCGUUAACAUAUCAACAUGUCAGCUUGAUGGUACCUGGGAGCCAUUAUUUUCUGAUGAAUUCUGUAGUCCAGUUUCUUGUGGAAAACCUGAAAGUCCAGAACAUGGAUUUGUGGUUGGCAGUGAACACAGCUUUGAAAGCACAAUUAUUUAUCAAUGUGAAUCUGGCUAUGAAUUAGAGGGAAACAGGGAACGCGUCUGUCAGGAGAAUAGACAGUGGAGUGGAGAGGUAGCAACUUGCAAAAAGACCAGAUGUGAAGCUCCACUUGACUUUCCAAAUGGCAAGGCUGAUGUUGAAAAUACGACAGCAGGACUCAGCGCGGUGUAUUCCUGCAACAGAGGCUAUACCCUGCAAGGGCUGCCGGAGGCUCGCUGCACAGAAAAUGGAACUUGGAGCCACCCAGUUCCUCUCUGCAAACCAAAUCCGUGCCCUGUUCCUUUUGUGAUCCCUGAGAAUUCUCUGCUUUCGGAAAAAGAGUUCUAUGUGGAUCAGAAUGUGUCCAUCAAGUGUAGGGAAGGCUUCCUGCUCCAGGGCCACGGCAUUAUGACCUGCAACCCCGAUGAGACGUGGACACAGACAGAUGCCAAGUGUGAAAAAAUUUCAUGUGGUCCACCAGCUCAUGUGGAAAAUGCAAUUGCUCGAGGCAUCCAUUAUCAAUAUGGGGACAUGAUCACCUACUCGUGCUACAGUGGAUACAUGUUGGAGGGUUCCCUGAGGAGUGUCUGCCUGGGAAAUGGCACCUGGACCUCACCACCCAUCUGCAGAGCGGUCUGUCGAUUCCCUUGUCAGAAUGGGGGCAUCUGCCAGCGCCCAAAUGCUUGCUCUUGCCCCGAUGGCUGGAUGGGGCACCUCUGUGAAGAACCAAUAUGCAUUCUCCCCUGUCUGAACGGUGGUCGCUGUGUGGCCCCUUAUCAGUGUGACUGUCCCCCUGGCUGGACGGGGUCCCGCUGUCAUUCAGCUGUGUGCCAGUCUCCCUGCUUAAAUGGUGGAAAAUGUGUGAGACCAAACCGAUGCCACUGUCUCUCUGCUUGGACGGGACAUGACUGUUCCAGGAAGAGGAGGACCGGGUUUUAGCCACCGCACACCCAGGAGGCUCUCCCCAAAGCAGGUUCAUCUCUUCCUAGCAGUGUCUGGGCAUCCUGGAAGUUACGCAAAGAAAGUCCAACAUGGUGCUGGGCCUUGUUUCGUUUAGUAAACGUGUUAUUUGCGGUUUACUUUUUAAUUCUGUGAUGUCUGUUGUUAUUCCUUGUGCCGUACUUUCGUAUAUAUUUGCCUUUUUAAAUAUGCCUGUAUUUUCUAUAUAAAAAUUAUAUUAAAUAGAUGCUGCUCCACCCUC